UAAUUUUUGUCAACACUGAAAAUUGAAAUGUCAAAAUUAUUAUGACGUUUUCUUUUUCAUUCUCCGAAAGAAGUGACGAAUAAAGUGUUUAUUUGCCGUUUAAAUUGUAAAAUAUGGCUGCUGAAAUUAAACCUGCACCAAGGACACCUAACGACAGGUUUUCCACAACAAAAAAGCCAGCGCUCCUCAAUAAAUUGGAGGGUUGCACCGACGACGUGAACGCGGCGGUGGUGAUCCCUGGCGAAGACGGAGUUAUUAGUGUUUGCGACGAUAAGACAGUCAGAGUAUGGCUCAAAAGAGAUUCUGGCCAAUACUGGCCGAGUAUUUGUCAAUACAUGCCCUCCGGAUGCACAUCAAUGUUCUACACUCCAGAAACAAGACAGCUAUUCAUAGGGCAAGAAAAUGGCACCAUUUCCGAGUUCACACUUGCCACAGACUGUAAUAGGAUAAACCCUACCAGGGAAUACUUGGCGCACACUGCCCGAGUCACAGCCGUGGUGUUUUCCUUGAGCUGUGAGUGGGUGCUGUCAGUUAGUCGAGACAAGCUAUUUUCUUACCACUGCAGUGAAACUGGAAGGAGGAUCGGCGGCUAUUCCUUUGAGGCCUGGUGCACUGCUUUACAGUUCGAUUCACAGUCAAAAUACGCGUUCGUCGGCGACUACAGCGGUCUGAUAACGAUGUUAAAGUUAGAUAAUAACGGUGCAACGCUAGUCACUACGCUAAAGGGACACACUGGUUCAGUACGUGUGUUAAAUUGGGCCCCCAUACCGCAAUUGCUGUUCAGUGGCUCGUUCGACCAGACUAUAAUUGUUUGGGAUAUCGGCGGGCAAAAAGGAACCGCUUAUGAACUACAAGGUCAUAGUAACAAGGUGACGGGGCUAUGGUACGUGGGAGGUUGUCAGCGGCUGGUGUCGUGCGGCGAGGACGGCGCGCUGGGGGUGUGGGAGAUGGGCGUGCAGAGGCGCGAGACGCCCGCCUGGCGCGAGUCCGACCUGUGCCAACUAUGUCGCGCGCCGUUCAUAUGGAACGUGCGCGCUAUGAUGGAGAAGAAGCAGCUCGGUCUUCGCCAGCACCACUGUCGCUGGUGCGGCGCCGCGGUGUGCGGAGCGUGCUCGCCGCAUCGCCUGCCUCUGCCGGUCAUGGGCUUCGAGUUCCCGCAGCGAGUGUGCGCCGCCUGCUACGACACCUUACGCCAUGAACCCCGCGAGUCGCUAGCGUCGUUUCACGAUAUGAAGCACGCGGUCGCGUCCCUUUUCGUGGACGAGGCUACAGGCCGCAUGUGUACCGCGGGCAAGGAUCGCGUUAUUAAGGUGUGGGACAUCAGUGUGCUGCUCGCGCCUGCGCCGAAGCCGGGCACCAGCGAACAGUAGCUGCGACUAACGACCUUAUCGCGACUUACGCAAAGUCGAGAUUCCACUAACCACUCUACGUGUUAAUACGAAUCUGUCCGUCAACGAUUGAUCUAUACUGAAUGUUUAUUCUGUGUAUAAAAAUCGAAAAAAAAGGAAGGAUAAUGUUAUAGAUAUGUACGAAAACAUUAUUUAUUUUUAAGUUAAAAAGAUUUAUUUUACUAUAUUACUUAUUUAGUGCAAGUAACUAUAAAGUUACUUUAACUUUAAUUAUUUAAAAAUAUAAAAAAUAUUUUUCGUCAAUGUUUUGAGCGUUAUUUAGAAUUGCUUCAUUGUCUGAAAUGAAACUAAUUUGUCAUUUAAUUAUAUUAUUGUGUAUAAAAAAUCUUUAAUAUCUAGCCAUUCAUUUGUAUGUAGUUUAAUUAACAUUAAAAAAAGCAUAAGUAUUGUUGAUACUAAUAAAUGUUUUGUGUCUAUUUCAAAAUUUCAAAUAUGUCUUCUUUUUCUUUUGAGUAUUUUUCUUAAUAUGUAAGAUUUUUCCCAAAUGUGUUAAGCAUUUUUUAUUUAUUAUAAUUAUGAAUAAACGUCACUAGUUUAGUUUUAGAUAGAAAUUUAUAUUUUGUCUAUAAAGAGGAUGACCUGUUUUUGAGGAGGAAAAAGAUUGUUGAAAUAGGUAAAUAAAUUUUCUGUUUUGUCAAACUGAACUAUUUUACGCUGGACUUAAUGUACUGAGAGCUUACAAUGCAGAUCUACGUUAUGGCAUAUAGGUACUACUUGUCUAGGCUUUAGAGUCUUUUCUGACGUGCCACAAUCACAGCUGCAAAAAUGUUGCUGGAUGCAAAAUUGUCUGAAAAUAUGAAGUUCCAUUCACACAUACCAUAGUUCGUAGACACAUUAACUGGUAUAUGUGGUCGACAUCUAAUCCAAGACGUGCGAAAUGAUUUUGCUUAACGUUUCUGAUACGAACCACUAAGGUGUGGAAUGCGUGCACGCAUUUUUGCCACUGUGUUGUCAUAUACGUAGGGUUUUUAAUACUAUAACAUAGAUAAUGCGCGCCGCAUACUAACGGAGUAGAUUUGAGCAACUUGAACUCAGCUUUACUUGGGUUUAAUGAAAAAAAAAAAAUACGGAGGAGUUACAACAUGGUGUUGUUCAAGGGGCGGAUCAAUAAAUUCCUGAAAGGCUGGCAACGCUUUGCGGUUCCUCUGGUAUUGCAAAUGUUCAUGGGCGGCGGUAAUCACUUAACAUCAGGUGAAUCGCCUGUUCGUUUGCUCGCUAUUUUUAUUUUAAAAAAGAGACUAAAAUCUCUUAUUGACACCUGGCACGCCGCCGCCACAUCUUAUAAGCAAGCGCGCUCCAUCUUAGGCUGCAUCAUCACUUGCCACCAGGUCUGAUUGCAGCCAAGCGCUAGGCUAUAAAUCAAAAUAUGUCAAAUCCGAGUUCAGUUUGCUCCAUUCCACUCUGUAAGUGUGUUAUUGCCUUACGUCCUAGCGAUCGUGAUCGAUGAAAAAUUGAAUGUGAAUCGAAUAAAAUAUACCCAUUUUUUCGCCUUAUUGAAUGUCAUGUAGGUAAUUCUUGUAAUGUUGAUGUUUUUCAUAAUUAUAUUUGUCACUGUUUACAUUCAUAAUAUAAUGUAAAGUUAAAAGGUCCAACGAAUGUUUUUUUGGUAACAUUUAGUUAUUUUUUUCAUCUUAAAGUAAGACUGAAUCUUUCAAGAUAAUAAUUUAUAAAGAGGUCUUGGAAACUAGUUGUGCGUAACUUUCUAGUGUAGUUGUUACAGUAAAUAUUAAUCGUAUAUUGAAAAAAAAAUAUAUUAUUGUCUUAGAAACCUUGUUUUUAUAGACGCAAAAUUCCCUUGUUAAAAUGGUUGUAAUUGCUUAAUUCGUGUACACUGUACAGAGUAUACUUUCCAAACCUGCAAAGAAAACAGUCUUGAACCUGCAAAAAAAAGAAGUUUGACAGUUUCAAUCGAGGCUAAGCAUCUCGCCUUAUCACAUUGCUAUCAGAACCGUGAUUAUCGACUGAACGUAUCGUGGGAUAAAAGACAAGAAGAAGUAUGGUAUGCUUGUUACAACCACACACCCGAUACUCCAUACAAGCGAAUCAAUCUAAUGACCUAUUAUACUGUCUGUCUGUCUGUGUGCACACGAUUUGUAUAUGUGGGUAUCGGUAGGGCUAAGGUCUGAGCGAAGUCAAUUGAGCGGGACAAGGGAUAUCAGUGCUGCUCGCUCCCCUGACGAUAAGAUCAGAAUAUUUACGCUAGUAUGGCUGUGCUAAUAGCGGUGCCACUGUGAUAAAAUGGCGGGAAGCUGUGAUUGUCGCUUUUUUACUCAUACUUAUCCACGGAAAGAAGUUAGGGCUCUCUCUAAUGCUCCCAUACAAAUGACAGAGACGAAAAUUUCAGUGGGUGUCAACCAUGUUGAGUCACCAACCAAAGACAAAUAUGUUUUCAAAAAUCAUUCGGAAUUCAAUUCGAAAACAUGGUUUCGUUUGUGAUUGGUUGGCGACUCAAAAUGGUUAACGCCCAUUGGGAUUUUGUCGCUGUCAUUUGUAUGGGGCUACGUAACAGAGAGAGCCCUAUUCCUACUAACUUAGUUCCGUGGAUUAGUGCAUAGGUCAAUCAGAGGACGCAAUGUCCGUCACAUUGUAGCUGUCAAACUUUGGCCUGGUUUUAAUAUCUUUACAAAUAGGGGCCUUACUACCAUUGUUUAAAGAGUAAUGUUUUAAUAUUGUUUUGACAUUUUCAUAUAAAACUUGUAUGAAACUGUCAAAACAAUAUUUAAACAUCAAUACUUUAAGCGGUGGUAGUCGGGCCCCAGGUCACUAAUGUAAACCACCUAUAAAGUAGAUCACCAAUAAAUCAUUGUUUACAAGUCUGUAAAUUGAUGCUGUGAAAAAAUAAAUAUUUGCUAAAAGUAAACGGUACACUUAAUGAAAUAUUAGACUAAAAUACUUAACUACAACCAUUUCAAAAAUUCAUGUAAAAACAAACUAAUUCGGUACAGGUAACUAAAGCGUGGAUGAAAUAAUUUAUUAUUAAAUAAUUGUGUGUUCAUAAAAUGCUAUUUAACCCGUGUCCGGGACACGUAGGUAUAUCAGACCAAAAAAAUUGUGGUCUCUUUAAAAUAUUAAAAGAAGACUAUACUUACUUAUUUACGUAUAAGGAUUUGCUUGUUUUUAUUUUAAUGUUUAUCAAAGAACAAAGUAAAAUAGUGUGUGAAAAUUGUUUCACCACUAACCAUAGGUUUAUACCUUUAUACAUACAUACCUAAAUUAUGUAUGAAUUUUCCUUAAGAAAUUAUUUUUUUCUUUUAGUUUAUCAUUUACAUAGCAGUUUAUUAAUUGUACGUCAAAUUAGGCUGGAAGGGAAUAAAAACAAUGACCAAGCUGAUAUUCAGUGACGCUAUCUUAGAUUUUUGUACUGCAUACGUAACAAAUUCAACUCGCGUUGAUCCCACUGCCAACUGCGCUUCACUUCGAUUCAGAGUUCUGCAGCUAUUAAAAUUGAUCAAUCGAAAACAGAUACCUAGUUAUAUCAAAUAGUUUUAUCUGACCAUUGCUCCAUUUUUGUAUUUACUACCUACCACAAUAAAUUAAAGUUAGAGACAGGAAACGCAAAUUAAACUCGUCUGGCUUUUGGAUCGACGCUUUUUGGAUCACUUUUCUGUAACUCGAAAAAUAAUUAUGUUUUUCAGUCAGUAAUAAUUUUUUUUUAUUCUAAAGCAAAAAGCAUAGUCAUACAUACUUGCAAUUUAACCUGUUACAACGAUUAUUAUAUGUUUGUGAUUUAAGAUUAUUUUUAACAUAUAAAAUACGUUAUAAAUCAAUUAGUUGCGGCCUUGCACUAUGAAACUGGGUGGUGCACUAUGGAAAAUCGAGGUCUGUUUCGGAUCAAAAAUCGAUAACUUUUUUAUUACAAAUGAUAACACUGAAAUUUUGCACUAAUAUAGAUGAAUAUAUAAGCCUUGAAAUGUAAUGUGUUUUUUAUUUAAUUUAUUUUAAUAAAAUAUAUCAAAAAUUAUGGGCUCAAUGCGGUAAGCCGAAAAUUUAAUGUUUUUGGUAUUAAACUUUUGUAAAGAAUUCGACGUACAAUCUAUUUUUGCCCAACCGGUUGCAGUAAUGUCUCAAGUACGUACAAAAAUUAUGCGUAGUUUAAAUGUGUCUAACUUCAUCAACGUUCAAUUGUCAACGUUUAAUAUGGUGGGUUAUUUUUGGUCCUACACUCCUUUGACAAAAAAGGGUAUCUAUACAAAUUAACUGGACGAGGAGUUUGCAUAGCGUUCUCUUGGUCUUCAUAGCACUCGCAUGCGUCAGCCCCCGCCACAUAGGAAAUCAGAAGAAAUCAGAGCUUCAUUAGAAGUACCCUACUCCAGUUCGUGCCCCAGAAUUUCCCGUAAAUCUCAAACGGGCAACCAAGGCUCACAGAGUAACUUAGGCUGAAAUCUAUAAAGCGCACUUUGACUUUGCUCGGACUUAAGAUUGAGUUAAAACGAGACAGAUUUAUGUGAGAGAUAUAGCUCUGUCUCGUUUUAACUCUGUCUUAAGUCUAAGCAAAGGCAGAGCGCGCUCUAUAGGUAGAUCUCACCCUUAGACCCUUAGCUGGCCACCGACUACGUACUUUGGCAGCUAGAAGCCUCCUACUCACUGUCCAUAGAUUAAGAUUAACUUGAACUCCCUUUACUCCUAGGUUUUUUUGAGGUCCAUUUAGGUGUAUUCUUACGGUUUCUUAACACCUGACUCCAGUUAAGAAUGAUAUCCAAAGGUUUUUAGAUCGACUCAGCCUCAGCGAUCUUGGUUCUUGCAAGACCAUAUGUAUCGUCGUUUUUAACCGACUUCAUAAUCUAGAGCAAUUCUUCGAGCUCGUGCUGUGAGUUGUGACACUAUUGCAAUUUAUACUUGUGACGUUAUUGCACUGCGCGGCUGAGCUUGGGAGUUGAUCUAUUGUAAUAUUUCUGUUAAAUAUGUAUUAAGUAAUAUUUGAUUAUAUGUAUUUGCUAAUAAAUCCUUUAAUAUCAAGUAAUUAAAAUAACGUCAUAUAAUAUUCAUAAUUCAACCAAAUGAUUCUUUAAAGGUUGUCGCAUUUUUCAUUUAGUCUUUUAAUAUUAAUUAAACAAUUUGCUGUCGUGAACAUAAAAAUAUUUGAUUUCCUGUCUGUAAAAAUUAUACCUACAUUUUCUAAAGUUUUUUUGAAGUCAGUUAAAUAUAUCAUUUUUUCAAAUUCUAUGAAAAUAUAUUAUGUACAGUGAAAACUUGAUGUAAAUCGCUUGGGUAUUGAACUUAUUAUUGGUAUAACUAAUGAGUGUAUAAAGUAUAUUUAAUUAUAGUAGGUAAAACUAUUUAUACAAAACUUAUGUCCGGUGUGGACCAACUGAUUAAUUAAGUUCGUCUAAAAAAUUGUAUAUCUAAAAUAGAUCUAUAGCAGCACACCCGGAUACUUGUCUGUAUGCUCGAUCUAACCUGACGCAAUGAAUGUUACUUUUAAGUCUUGCACACAUUAAGACGGAAGGCUAUGGAUUGGUUUGUAGGGUUAGUACGAACUUUGAAAACUCAUCAACGUUGAUAGAACAUCGAACGUCGAAACACUACGAAGUAAAAUCAACCGAUGAAUGUCGGAAAAAUCCUAAAAUUGAUGACUAAACGAACUGUGAAGUUCUAUUUUAAUUAUGAGUCGCUUCAUUCAAAGAUAUAAUCAUAAGUUGGAAUCAUAAGUUAAAACAUUAUAUAUCUUCGAAUUGAGCGACGCAAAUUAUAGCUAUGAUAGAACUCUACAGAUAAGUCCGUUUUCAAUAAAAUUUAAAUCACGGUAUUUGCAUGGCUGAGAAUUCUUAGUCCCUGGUAUGUGCGGGAUCACGCAGGACGCUGAAAGUCUAGUGAAAUUACGAAUUAUUAUUGUAACAAGUUCACAAUGUUGAAAAUGUGGAUAUUGGUAAUGCUUCAAAACAUUCCUAAUUAUUCAAAGAAGUACAUUUAUUGACGUCACGUGUAGUACUUAUGACGAACAAAGGCUGUUGCCACAUCUACGCGAUCGAUGUAGAUCAAUGCCGUCGAUCGGUAGUACGUUGUAUCAAUUCUUAGGUAUGGCGUGAUUUUUUGGGGAAAUGGCACUGAUGUGAAUAGAGCCUUCAUCACCCAAAAAAAAUGUAUACGUGCUAUGUGCGGCGCUGCACCUCUGGCCAGUUGCAGACCAUUAUUUAAAAAGUUAAAAUUACUACCGUUUCCUUGUUUAUAUUUGAAAUCUGUUGCUUCGUUAAAAAACACAAGACAUUAUUUACAAUUGCAAGCAAUACAUAUUAUGAUCAUACUCGUAGCAAUAGAAAUCCUGAUCGUUUAGUUUUGAACUAUAUACCUAGGACUUAGUAUUUUGUAAAAAUUGUGUUAUGUUGUGUAUUAAAAUAUUUAACAAAAUCCCUAAUAACAUCAAAUUAUUGCCUUUAAAUAGAUUCAAAACUGGACUGUUUAAAUGGCUUAACAUGGACAAUUUUUAUGAGCUUAAGGAAUUUUUUGAUUUAAAAUUGAGUAGGUAAUAUGGACUUUUCACGCACGUACGUAAUUUGCACGCCAUUCCAUGGCAAAUGUGGUGAUACCAAAACGAAUUUGUAAUAACUAUUUUAACCUGCAUUUAAGCAAAUAAAAUUGAUUUGAUUUGAUUUGUUUCGAUCGAGGACAUCGAUGGACGUCGUCGAAUGGAUGUGGUAACACGCAAAGACUUGCGUACAUUCCGGCAGUUCGCAUAUGCAUCGAACAUAUUUUCAACAAUUAAGUUCGUAUGAAACGAAUAGUCGGCGACUUUUCGCAAUACUGCCCGUUGUGAUAUGCGCAUGGCUUUACUGUCUUUCAAUACCUAUUCGAAUUUUUUAUUGAGAUUAAGGCUACCUAUCCACCGGAGCGGAGAAGAUUAGAAACGUACCAACCAAAUUAUAUUGAGAGACGUUAUCUACGUUUAGUUACGUCUAUCAAUAAUCUGAUCGGUUGGUCUAAUGAAUUACCUCCGCCCCGUUUUGUUAUAAUGGAUAAGAAGCCUUAGCGAAGAAAAGAAUAAAAUUAACUUGUAGAUAAAAAUUUGGAAUAAUUAAAAAUAGCGUUUAUUGAAUAUAGGUAAAUGUAUAAAAUAUUAAAGGCUUUUUGAUUCGUUGCCAAACAUAUAUUUUUAGAUAUACGAUUUGUGAAUCUAAUAGUCUUGGCUGGACUAGUCUCAAUCGCAGUUUGACUAUUAUUAUUAUUUAAAAUUAAUUCUUGAGUUAUGUUAUACCUACAGGGUUAUUUCUAAAAUACAGAAAUGUUCUGAGCGGUGAAUAUUUGAUAUUAUUAAAACAAAGAUUUUUUUAAGUAUUUUAAGUUGCAAGGGUGUGGUAGGUACCAAAUUUUUUUUUUGUUAUUGAGCUUGUUUAUUUUCCAACAUAAAAUCAAGAAUCAAUACCAAAAACUCUGCGUUGCUACUUGCUACAUGUAAGUAGAACAUUCACGUGGAGUCUAAAAAAAUAUUUCCAUUUAGAAUUAUUUUUAUAUUUUAAACAGAAAUUGUUGGUUUUCACCAUCCAUGGCAUGAGAGUACCUAAGCUACUUUAUUAUAACCUUGUAGGUAUAGUUCGUCAAAUUCGCAUCAAAUCAACCAUGUAAGUAUAAAAUGUCCUUUACAAUCAGAGAUUGCACUUUAAUGAAUUUGACGGACUAUAUUAAUUUAAUGAAUAGUACCUACCUAAUUAAUAUUUCUAAGGUAUUCUAUUUUGUUAUUAUCUAUGGUUCGGAUAAAAGAUAUAUUAAAAAAAAAUACUUUUAUGUUAAAGAUAAAAUAUUUUUUUAUUCACGGAGCUUAAUAUUGUGUUUGUAAAUUAACACUGUAAGAUAAAAGUCACUGUGUAAUUAUUAGCUGUAUGUCAUCUACAUAGGUCGCUUAAAGUUUUUAUGCCAAUAAAAUGAAUAAAUUAAA